AGAAACAAAACCAUCAUCAUAUGACACGAAAUUUAAAAAACCCUAAUGGCCAUUAAUCUCAGAAGAAGAAGAUAGAAGAUUCCGCGCAAAGAACUCUCCUGAAACACGGAGUAACUGAGUACACCCAACCAGUGACCUUUGACUAUCAAUAUGUUUUCGAUUGCAGCGAUCAAUGAUACGGAGUCCAAAGAGAAGUGGGAGCCUUUAGCUCCUAGCAAGGAAGCUCAGGAGUUUCAUCUGUCACAAACAUAUCACGAGGGUCUUCUAAAGCUGCAAGCUAAAGACUACGAAAAGGCUCGGGAGCUGCUAGAGUCUAUCCUUAAGGAUCCUAUUAUAGCCAACUCCAAAGUGGAGACUAUCACAAACGAUAAUCAUCUCCAUCAUCUCAGAUUUUUGGCUCUGAAGAAUCUUGCCACUGUAUUUCUUGAGCUGGGUUCUAGUCAUUACGAGGAUGCUCUAAACUGUUAUCUUCAAGCUAUAGACAUAGAUGCCAAAGAUUCUGUGCUGUGGAACCAUCUUGGAACUCUAUCAUGCUCGAUGGGAUUGCUGAGUAUUUCACGAUGGGCAUUUGAACAAGGACUUCUCUGCAGCCCAAAUAAUUGGAACUGCAUGGAGAAACUUCUAGAAGUUCUCAUUGCCAUAGGUGAUGAAGUUUCCUGUCUUUCAAUUGCAAAUCUGAUUUUGAGGCAUUGGCCAUCGCAUUCUCGUGCUCUGCAUGUUAAACAUUCUAUUGAAGAAAUAGAUCCAGAACCUUUUGCGCCCAAGGGUAUAGAUAAGCUUGAACCUCAGCACGUUCGGCUCAAAUUUCUUGGCAAAAGAAAGGUGUCUGACAAGAAUCGGGACAACAAUGCUGCUUCCAAGAAGUUGAAAAAAAGAGUGGAAGUUAAACUUCCUGAAGCGUCAUGGGCGGCACUAUUAGAUACUCUACUUGGGAUAGUGCAUCCUCCGUGUGAAACUGUGGGCAUAUCAGCUGACAUUCCAAUCACCAUUGAAUUAGAUCUCAGUACAGAAGCUGUAAUGCAGGGUCCGGAAAAGAAUAAUCAUUGUGUGGAACCAGAUUCAAGUAAUGUGUCUGUUAAGGAUUGCAACAUCGGAAGAGAAAGUGGUGGUCAGGUUAAAGAAAAAGAGCCUCCGUUUUCUGAAGAACACCCUCAAGAGAGGCGGAGUACUCGGCUUGAACGUCUUAGGAACCAGAAACCUGAGAAGGCAGAGCUAGAGUCUGAUAAUAGCAAGGAUCCUAGCAGUGACAUCCUCCAGUAUCUUGAGACUUUUGUCCUUGAAGGUGGAUUCAACAGAGUGUCUGUCGGUUCUCACUGCCUUAACAAACCUGAUCCGAUUUCUGAACACGCUGUCGUUUCUAGUUUUGUGAAGGAAACUUCAGAAAAUUAUGGUGCUUAUCAUAUGGGUCACUUGCUUCUAGAGUAUAUUGCAAGUAAAUGUGAGCAUCUGUUGAGUCGUGAUGCAGCCUUAAAAAUUUUGGAGUUAGAAAAGCUCACCAGACACUGGGGUCUAGAUCGGAAACCUGAAUGUAGUCUUUUUCUCGCCGAGCUGUACUAUGAUCUCGAAUCUAAAGGAUCAGAUAUUCCUGAAUCCUCAUCAUGCAUGGUAGAAGUGACGUACCAUCUCUCUAAGAUAAUUGAAUCGGUUUCCCUUGAUCUUGCCAUCGAAUCGACCCCUAAUUCCUGGGAGAAAAGUUUUCCUGACUCCUCAUCUAAGAGUUGUCAAGGUGAUCAGACUGCUACGGAGGUGUUAGAUUAUAAUAAAAGAUCCUUCUGGGCUCGAUAUUUCUGGCUGAGUGCGCGGUUAUCAAUAUUGGAGGGUAAAAAAACUAAAGCUCUUGAAGAAUUUUUCAGGUGUUUAGCAUUGUUGGACAAGGAAGGUAUUGGAGAAUCUCCUGUCGUAAUUCAGAUGCCCCACUGCAGAAGAAUUCGAGAGCUGAACAUUGAUAGAAUCAUGCAUGAAAUAAAUCUGCUUAAGAUUGAUGUCUUGCUGGAAAAGACCGUACCUGAGAUGAUGGAGAAAGAAUUAUAUUCGGAGUGUGUUAAUUUACUUGCAUCACUUUUAUUUCCAGAUAAAGACAUCUGGACUGCAUCCUCUUUGAAAAUAGAAGAAGGGAUCUCCUCCACUGAGUUGUCAGCACUGGAAGUGUUAAUAAAAGCAUGCCAGAAGAGUAAGCCUAUAGAUGUAGAGGUUUAUCUGAACUGCCAUAGAAGAAAGUUGCAAGUACUCUUGGAAUCAACUGGUACGGGGCAACCUGUUUUGACCUCAUCUACAAAUUUGAGUGAGAAUUGGAAUCACUCGGUGGCAGAGGAAAUCAAGGGAAUUCUUCUUUGUAUCACUCAAGUGAAGAACUUUCUUGACCAGUUAGAUAACUCUAAUGACGUGGUUGCCCCAAGAGAUUGUAUAGCCGGUAUACAAUCUUUGCUUUUGACAGUCAUGUCAAAUAUCGUGAGGCAUUUUCUUUCUAAGAGAUAUUCAGAUUCUCAAAUUGCUGACGAGAUUGAAGAAGAGCAGAAAUGUUGCUUUCUCGAUGCAGCUAUUGGAUUUUGUAAACUUCAACAGCUUGACUCUACCAUAUCUACGAAAUACCAAGUUGAGUUGAUCAUAUGUCUCCAUGAUUUGCUUGCUGAAUAUGGGCUCUGCUGCGCUGGUAAAAAUUGUGCGGGAGAGGAAGGAUCUUUUCUCAGAUUUGCAAUUAAGCAUUUAUUGGCUGUGGACAUGAAAGUCAAAUCCAGCAUCAACUCCCCGGAUGGCAUUGGACAUGAUAUGGGGAAACUAUGCAGAAAUGAAAUAAAAUCAUUCGUCGCAGAAGUGCAUGUAGAGAGAAACGAAAGCACAAAAACUGAUUCUAAGAAGGAUGAUUCUGAAGGAAAGGUUAUUGAUAAGGAGAAAGAAGAGCUAGAAGAAGAAAAUAAAAAGAUUCCUGAACACACAGAAGUAGUUGCUGAAGAAGAAAAAGAUGAACUUGAGUUGCUAAUCAAUAACGCUUUAGAUCAAUGCUUUUUCUGUCUGUAUGGUCUAAAUCUUAGAGUCGAUGGUUCGUACCAAGAUGAGCUUGCUGCCCACGAAAACACUAGCCGGGGAGAUUAUCAGACCAAGGAACAAUGUGUUGAUGUUUUCCAGUACAUACUACCGUAUGCCAAGUCUUCUUCUAGAACUGGACUAGUUAAACUCCGCAGAGUCUUGAGAGCAAUUAAAAAGCAUUUUUCACAACCACCAGAUGAUCUUCUAGUUGGCAAUGUGAUAGAUACAUUCUUAGAUGACCCUGCUUUAUGCGAAGACAAACUCUCAUGCGAGGCUGGUUCUGAAGGUUUCCUUGAAACCAUAACUAAAUGUAUAAUUCACAGCAAAACUCUCAGCGAGUACAAGGUGUCACUGCUCCACAGUUCCGAACCCUAUUUGGAUGUCUACCGCAAUUUAUAUUAUUUCUUGGCUCAGUCAGAGGAAGUUAGUGCUAGUGAUAAAUGGCCCGGCUUUGUUCUCACCAAGGAAGGAGAAGAGUUUGUACAGCAGAAUGCAAAUCUGUUCAAAUAUGAUCUGCUCUAUAAUCCUCUGCGCUUUGAGAGUUGGGAAAAGCUUGGCAAUAUUUACGAUGAGGCAAUAGAUUUGUUGCUAAAUGAUGGGAGUAAGCACAUAAAUGUCGUAGGAUGGAGGAAGAAUGCUGCUCUUUCGCAAAGAGUUGAAACAAGCAGAAGAAGAAGCAGACGUUGCCUGCUAAUGAGUUUGGCGUUGGCAAAUUCACCAGAACAGCAGUCUGAGAUACAUGAGCUGUUGGCGCUGGUAUACUAUGACAGCCUUCAGAGUGUUGUGCCGUCUUAUGAUCAGCGGUCCGUGCUACCGUCGAAGGAUGCAACGUGGACAAAAUUUUGUGAGAACUCAAUGAAGCAUUUCAAGAAAGCCUUUGCACAUAGACAAGAUUGGUCACAUGCAUUCUACAUGGGAAAACUCAGUGAGAAGCUUGGGCACCCGUAUGAAAUUUCGUUAUCCUAUUAUGAGCAAGCCAUGACAUUGAACCCGUCUGCAGUAGAUCCUGUGUAUAGAAUGCAUGCUUCUCGUUUGAAGCUU